AUGUAUUCAGCUUCUCGCUCACACCGAGCCGAAACGAGAAAUCGAAGCAAAGAGGAUUUGAAAAGAGUAAUCAAUUCCCUCGAGAAAGUACGAAAAUGGGAGAAACGAUGGGUGAUGUUAAGAGACACAACCAUUCGAAUCCACAAAUGGUGUCCGGUGACAGCACAGAAGAAUAUCACCGCUCCACCACCACAAAAAGUACCAGCACCAAUGGAUGAUGAGGCGAGCAAUACCGUCGCUAGUACUGAUGAAGUUUCCCAGGACAACACUGCUUUCCCAUCGGAGGGAGGAUUUGAGUCGGAUUCGAAUCAGACAUUUGAGCCACAAUAUAAAAACGGAGCCCCACCAGGAUCAACCGAUUUCUCGGCGAUGAGAGCUGAAGAAAUGGAGAAA